AUGUCGGUCCCAGGCAUGAGUCUGGCAAAGGACCUCUUCGAGGACAUGGGCCGCAAGGUCCAGGACGCUGCCUCCACCAUGACCGAGGAUGGCGAGCCCACCAAGGUCGUUGAGGAAAUCGAGAGUUUGUGCAUGAACUGCCAUGACGAUGGUACCACCAAGCUCCUCCUCACUCGGAUUCCUUUCUUCAAGGAGAUCGUCAUCAUGUCUUUCGACUGCCCGCACUGCGGCUUCAAGAACGCCGAAAUCCAACCUGCCGGAGAGAUCCAGCCCCGCGGCGCCAAAUACCUUCUCAAGGUCGAGACCGACGACGAUCUCAACCGCCAGGUUGUCAAGAGCGACACUUGCAUUUUCAGAAUCGAGGAUAUUGAUCUGGAGAUCCCUCCAGGCCGCGGCCAACUGAGCAACGUAGAGGGUAUUCUGAGAAUGGUUCAGCAGGAUCUCGAUCAGAAGCAGGAGGAGCGGAGACAGGUGGUGCCUGAGGUUGCGGUCAAGAUCCAGGAGGUCAUGGACAAUCUGCGCAUGAUGUACCUGGGCGAAAAGUUCCCCUUCACCAUCACCGUCGACGACCCUGCUGGCAACUCGUGGGUUGAACCUUCAGUCGGCGAGACCGGCGCCAAGUUCUCGAAGCACGAGUACGCAAGAACACCCGAGCAGAACACUGCCCUCGGCCUGGCUCCCAAUGCCGAAGCUUCUGGCCCAGUUGAGGCACCCGAGCCCGCCAUGCGCCCCGAAUACCAAGCUACGCAGAUGUACCCUCAGGCGCCUGAGCGCCCCAUGGUCAACAACGUCGAUGACGAGGACAUUGUUGAGAACCAGGUCUACUCGUUCCCUGCCAGCUGCCCUGGCUGCACCAAGCCCUGCACCACCAAUAUGAAGAUGGUCAACAUUCCCUACUUCAAGCAGGUCGUCCUGAUGUCCACCGUCUGCGAACACUGCGGCUACCGCAGCAAUGAGGUCAAGACCGGCGGUGAGGUCCCCGAGCAGGGCCGCCGCAUUACCCUCUCCGUGAGCUGCAAGGAGGACCUCUCGCGCGACAUUCUCAAGUCCGAGUCGUGCGCGAUGAACUGCCCAGAGCUCAGCCUGCUCGUCGAACCCGGCACCAUGGGUGGCCGCUUCACCACCGUGGAGGGCCUCCUCACCAACAUCCGCAAGGACCUGCGCAGCAACCUUUUCGGCGACUCGGAAGAGAAGCACGACUCGGUCGACCCCGCCGCCCGCGCCAAGUGGGAUGCCUUCUUCACCCAGCUCGACGAUGCUAUCGAGGGUCGCAUCAAGUUCACCAUCGUCCUGUCUGAUCCGCUCGCCAGCAGCUACGUCCAGUCUUUCUCCGCCCCUGAGCCCGAUGCGCAGAUGAAGGUUGAGGACUACGAGCGCACCGCCGAGGAGGAGGAGGACCUUGGCCUGCGGGACAUGAAGACCGAGGGCUAUGAGGAGGAUCACAAAGAGGAGAAGACGGAGGAGCAGACUUGA